AUGGCGGGGGCUCCGGCGCGGCUCGCCACUGUUGGAUGCGGCUGCUCGGCUGCCGCCCUCGCGUCCUCUCUCUCUUGUGUGCAGAACUCCAACAUGAGAAUCGCUGGAGGCAGCAGCAGCAGUCUCGCCUUUUCGUCUCUGUCGUGGUCUCCGCACCGGUGUCAAGUGCGCACCUUGAUUGUGCCACGUCAGCUGAAGGCGUACGGGGGCACCUUCAGUCAGUCAAUUGGCGAACGCGUCAGCCACGCUGCGAGUCAUCAGGUGCUGCAGAGUCUCUCCCCCUCGCGCGCCGCAAGGUCGCCGCUCCUUGCCAAGCCCGUUAAGACAAAGACGUUGGACAGCUUUGCCGGCAUGCUGGUCAGUCCGGCGUUGCAAGGGGCUCUCGCUGACAUGGGCGUCUCAACGCCAUCGCCGAUUCAGCAGACCGCCAUCGAGGCCGUGCUGCAGCACAAGAACACUGUCAUCGCCGCCCCGCAUGGGGAAGGCAAGACGCUGGCCUACCUGUUGCCUCUCUACCAGAACAUGGUGAAGGACCGAGACGUGUACAGGAUCCCGCUGCGCGAGCGCCGCCCCCGCAUGCUCUUGCUCGCGCCGACGAAGGAGCUGGUGGAGCAGCUACAGGCAGUGUGCGCGCGGUUGGAUGCUGCGACAGGCCUGACCUCUGCGAGCUUCACGUCUCGCAAGCGCUCCAAGUACCACUCGUCACGGUUACUGAAGAACACGAUGGUGGACGUACUCGUCAUGGACCCGAAGCUCAUCCUCCGACUCCUACGUACACGUCGCCUCUUUAUCGAAGACCUCCGCUACUUCGCCGUGGACGAGGCGGAUGCGAUGAUGAGCUCCCUGCACGACCACGACGCUAUGCAGCUGCUCAUGAAAGUGCAGAAGCGCAACCAAUUCAAGUACCUCUGGCCUGUGCAGACGCAGUACAUCUUCAUUACCGCCUACAUGACGCGCAAGCUGGAGUACAUCGUCGGCCGCAAGAUCAGCGAUCCAGUGACGUGCAUGUUCCGGCAGCAGAUGCACCGCCCGCAGGCGCGGCUGCGUCACCGCUUCUACGCCAUUCGCCGUGAGCCGGAGAAGUUCACAGUACUCCUGCACCUUCUUCGCAAGAAUGGGCAUGUGCCGCUCCCAGUUGACACAGACAUUGCUGAGGUUGACGUGCAUACGCGCCCACACAAACUCUCCGGAUCGCUGGCCGAAUGGCAUGAAGCGGUGCAGCGACACGCGUGGAAAGAGCAGCAGGUUCAGCAGAAGAACGCUGACAACAGCGAGGCCGUCACCGAUGAAGUCGUAGACGUUGAUGAGACAGGGAUCGAGGCCGCAGACGGCCCCUCUGCAGCCGUGCCUUCGGCGCGCCCCUCCGCCACAGUGAGCUCGGCGACAGGGCACGACUACAUCCACGACGCGUACGCGCGCUACACCCUCGAGUGUGUGCGUCCGCUUCACUGGGAGCACCUGACCACCGUCGCGGCACCCUUCACAUGCCCCAUUGCCCGUACCGUCUUCGCUGAGGGCCGCCGCACCAUCGUUUUCUUCCGCAACAUCGACGCGACGACAGCCUUGUUUCACCAGCUGCGCAGCGCUGGCUUUGCCGUGUCGCUGCUGCAUGCCUCACUGCCCUACAAGGUGCGCAAGGAGAUGUACGCCGACUUCGCCUCUGGGCGCACGAACAUACUUUGUGCAACGGACCUUGCCGCGCGGGGGCUGGACCUUCACGUCGACGUGGUCAUCAACUUCGACGUUCCGACGAACGCGCUCACGUACCUCAGCCGCUGCGGUCGAGCGGCGCGCAUGGGGCGAGAGGGGCAGGUGCUGAACCUCUACAAGAAGCACCAGGGCGUCAUCAUAUCCGCCAUCAAGGCGUUCCUGAAGGACAACCUACCAAUGGAGGGACUCACCAAUUACAAGCCCGACAUGAUGCAGCCGCGCUACGCCGAGUGGCGCACCCACAAAAUCAAUGCGCUGGCCCGCUCGUACGUCUCUCUCAUCACGCGCAAGACCAUCCCGGCACAUCUGGAGCGCACGUACGUGCACCACAACGCGACAUGGCGACCAGUCUUUCAUCCGCAGAAGGCCGGUAUCCAUGGCGGUGUCGCGCCGCGGCAGCAGCAGAAGCUAAUGGACCGCGUCAUGGAACAGGCUGUGUGGUUCCGACGGGGGCAGCUGGCACGGCGCAAGGGCGGCCGCGCUAAAUUCGGCAGUCGCACCAUGAAGCGCGGCGUGUGGAACGAUAUCGGCGGCAUUGCGUCGCGGGAAAUUGUGAACGAGGCGCAGAACCCGUCACCAGCGGGGCCGAACUUUGGGCCGCCCAGUGGCCCUCCAGAGUAA